GGCGGUCGGAGGGCUGAAGUUGGAACGACCUUCCUUUUCCCAUCAUUUGGUUUUGGUUUUGCUGUUGUUGUUGUUGUAGGAAUGUUUCCUCUGCUCUUGCUGCAGCUUCUGCAUGCGGGAUUUGGAUCGCCCGUCACAUCCCAGAGAAGCUUUGGGAUCGAUUAUGCCCACAACUGCUUCCUCAAGGAUGGGAAACCAUUCCGUUACAUCUCGGGCAGCUUCCAUUACUCCCGCGUCCCCCGGUACUACUGGAAAGACCGCCUCUUGAAGAUGAAAAUGGCAGGUCUUGAUGCCAUUCAAACGUAUGUCCCGUGGAACUUUCACGAAGCUGAGCCAGGAGUUUACAACUUCGCUGGUGAUAGAGACCUUGAGAAUUUCCUGAAGCUUGCCGAUGAGAUGGGCUUGCUCGUCAUCCUGAGAGCUGGGCCAUAUAUAUGUGCAGAAUGGGACAUGGGAGGUCUACCUGCCUGGCUAUUAGAAAAAGAAACCAUCGUCCUUAGAUCUUCUGAUGCAGAUUACUUGGCAGCUGUAGAAAGGUGGAUGGGGGUCUUACUACCAAAGAUGAAGGUUCAUCUUUACCAGAACGGGGGCCCAAUAAUUAUGGUGCAGGUUGAAAAUGAAUACGGAAGCUACUUUGCCUGCGAUUUUGAUUACCUUCGUUACCUGCAGAGUCUUUUCCGUCAGCACCUGGGGGAUGAGGUGGUGUUGUUCACCACAGAUGGCGCAAACAAGUCUUACCUGAGAUGUGGGACUCUUCAAGGCCUUUAUUCCACGGUGGAUUUUGGACCAGGUGCUAAUGUCACAGCGUCAUUCUUAACUCAGAGACACACUGAACCUAAUGGCCCCUUGGUCAAUUCUGAGUUCUACACUGGCUGGUUGGAUCAUUGGGGCCACCGUCACACCGUUAUAUCACCAUCAAUUGUAGCUAAGACUCUUAGUGAAAUUCUGGCACAUGGGGCCAAUGUUAACAUGUAUAUGUUUAUAGGAGGAACUAAUUUUGGUUACUGGAAUGGAGCCAACAUGCCUUAUGCAGCACAGCCUACUAGCUAUGAUUAUGACGCCCCGCUGAGUGAAGCCGGAGAUCUCACGGAGAAGUACUUUGCUAUUAGGGAAGUCAUUGCCAUGUACAAGACAAUACCACAGGGCCCUAUUCCUCCAUCGACCCCCAAGUUUGCCUAUGGAGAAGUUCCACUGAAAAAGGUGGGGACCGUAAGGGAUCUUCUGAAAGACCUUUCACCAUCGGGACCAAUUAAAAGCACCUACCCUUUGACAUUUGUUCAAGUGAAGCAGUACGUUGGGUAUGUAUUAUACAGAACUAAGCUACCAAAAAACUGUACUGAAGAACCGCUGUAUUCACUACUUAAUGGAGUUCAUGAUCGUGCUUAUGUCAUUGUGGACGGGAUUCCUCAGGGAGUCCUUGAAAGAAGCAGUCUCUUAGAGCUAAAUAUAACCGGGAAUGCUGGAGCGCAUUUGGAUUUGCUGGUAGAAAACAUGGGGCGAGUAAAUUUUGGAAGAUACAACAAUGACUUCAAGGGCUUGGUUUCAAAUUUAACUCUGCGCAAUGAGACACUCACUGACUGGGAGAUAUACCCCCUGGACAUAGACACAGCCGUGAGCCAGGGCCUUAAGAACGAGACGCCUGGUGGAAACGGAUCAAGCAAUGAAGAACCUUCUUUUUAUACUGGCAGUUUUUCUAUUCCUAGUGGAAUCCCUGACUUACCUCAGGAUACGUAUAUAGCAUUUCCUGGGUGGACAAAGGGACAAAUCUGGAUCAAUGGCUUUAACUUAGGACGGUAUUGGCCAACCCGUGGACCUCAACUAACACUAUUUGUUCCAAGCAACAUCCUUGUUUCAUCCUUUCUAAACAACGUUACAGUUCUGGAGCUGGAGAAGUCUCCAUGUGGCGCUCAGAAAUGUUUUGUAGAGUUUGUAGACAAACACAUUCUCAAUGCAACACUUCACUAUGAAAGCAGUACCGAGAAACUGUUCACUAAAGAUUUAUGGCCGAACCAUAUAUGAUUGUAUUAGAAUGCCUCUUAACUUAGUUUAUUCUGCAGAUCCUUCAUUUCCAAUGCUAUUGGUUGUUGAGUGUGGAAAUCAGUGUUUUUAAAAUCAGUGGAUAGUGUCAAAUUUAAUUCAUUAUUUUUAAAGUGAAAAUAAUGCCUUCUUUAUCUGCAACAAUAACAAAAAAAUAUUCCUAUGCAUGCCAAAGGGUUUCGACAAACAAACAGGCAAUCAGUUUGUUUAAUAAAUUGUUGAACACGUAUCAGAAUCAGAUCUUUUUUCCUUAUGAAUUUUGGGGUGCUGCAAUUUUGCCUAUUGCCUUUGCAGUCAGACCAGUAAUGCUUAGAUUUAUAACUUGAUGGAAGUUGUGAAAGGCGUGAACGACUUUUACUACAUGAAAGUGAACAAAACUUUUUAAGGGCUCAUUUGACCACCAUUUUGUGUUACAAUUAAUAUAUUUUACCAAUUUUUCCCACAUUUAAAAUAAUAUGCAUAAGAAACACUUGGCAUUUCAUAGGAGUCGGGCUGUGGGUGGUGAGCCUUCAACAUUUGGGCAGCAGCUGGUUUUAAUCACUCAAAUUAAAUUCUGCCACAAAAUUUGGGCCCCACUUCCAAAAUUGAAAAUAUUAUAAAGUUAUAAAAUGAGGGUUGCCAAUAUGGUACCCAUAGAAACUAUUGCACUUGGAAUAGCUUUUAUUGGCACCCCAGACCCCAAGCUUUUGUUUUUUUUAAAAAAAAUUAAGUCUGUAGCCCUCCUAGAACAAAACUCAUGAAGCAAUAUGUGAAUAUCCCCCUUCUGUGAAAUGAGCCUGCCUCGCUGCCACUGAGUGAAGUCAGAGCUGUGAUAAUGAGUUGUUUGGAUAUCAGGUUAUAGGAACCCCCGGAGUCCUAAAGAGCUGCUGUUUCCUCCUCUGCUUUGAUGUACUUUUCCUGCUUAUGUCUUUAUUUUCUCGUGCUUAGUAUCUCUGCCAUUUCCCCUUCUGUUUUCCUGAGCAAACUAGGAUGCAUCAUUCCUGUGGUGGAUUUGUCUGAGACCAGUCCCUAGAAGUUAUUUUCUGCAAAUAUCACCACCGAAUAAAUGUGGGUGGAUGUUAAAGGAUCCCCCCUCGCCCCAAAAUGUGAAUGUGAAAACUUUUCGUGUCACUUGCUGUGCAGGAGCUAAAGAGCAGGCAUUCCUUAGGGAUUCACUGUAUAGUUAACUUAUACCACAGUGGUAUCCAUGUCUACGCAAAAGUAGCUCAGUAUUUAAUGGGACAGCCUAGGCUUUGGUUUAGGGUUUAACAAUAAAGCAAUGAACAGGGUGGUGAUACAGUGACUACUGCAAUUGACGCAAGAUAAUAUCACCAAGGCAACUAUCUGUAAACAAACAAUAAGAGGCCCAUAAAAAUGGCGAGAGUAGUUUCUUUCCCAAAUCAGUUUUAUCUUAAACAAUAGCAGUCGCCGUAAAUAAAGAGUUCACUUGUAAUAUAUGUCAGUGGUUCAGUGCUCACUUCUUCUCUUUCCAAAAUUGAUUCUUUCUUGAACAAUUGCAAACACAGUAAUAAAGAGUCCAUCUACUGUGUUUGCUAUUGUUUAAGAGAAAACUGAUUUGGGAAAGAAACUACUUUUGCCAUUUUUGUGGACGUUUAUUGUUUGUUUACGGAUAGUUGCCUUGGUGAUAUUAUCUCGUGUCGAUUUGGUUUAGGGUUGGCAUUGGGUGAAAACAGCGCCUUUAACAGCUGCAUGGCAGGCAGAAAUUCAUCAUAUGAGCCAACCCACCAUUUGCGAUCAUCAUCUGAGGUCCUUCUUUGUGUUUCUCAUCUUCCAAGACGUCUGGAGGGCAGCAAGACGAGCACGGACCUUUUAUGUGGUGGCUCUCUGCUUGUGGAAUGCCCUCCCCAGGGAGGCUCGCCGGGCACCUUCGUUUAGGUGCUGGCGAAAGCAUUCUCUUCUCCCAGGCCUUUGGCUAAUUAAAUCUACAGCCUUUUAAACUGUGAGGGGGUUGUUGUUUUUGUUUGUUACAAUGGUAUGCAUCUUUGUGUUUUUACAUUGUAAACCGCCCUGCGAUCCUCAGGUGUAUAAAUUUAAUAAAUAAAUAAAGCCAGGCUACAGGUUUUCCAAUACUGUAUGGAAGUAGAAUUAUGGGGGGAACUGCCACGACUGCACUGCCUCAUGUAUUAUUACGUCAUGCCUCCCACAGUGGCCAUGUUGAGUGGGAUGCAUUUUCUGACUGGCGCUCACAGCGCACUGAUCCCAAAAGACUGAUGGCCCCUCAUCUAGUUUCAAAGUACAAUGCUGUGCCAAUCUGAAGAGUGUGUGUGUGUGUGUGUGUUGGGGGAAAGUUAGUGGCAUGGGAUGGAAUUUUAGUAUUCCCUUAGUGUUUAAGUGGGUAGUAUAUGUGGCUGCGCAUCCAGUAAGCAUAUUGAAUACAGUCGUGUGUAAACUGGGGUUUAUUUUAGGUGGUUCCAGACUGCCUUAUUGCCUGACUGACUGUGAAACAAUACCCUUGUCUAGACACAGAAUGCCCUGUUUCCGGAAUAAGUCUCUCUCAGAUAUAUCUAUCUGUCAUGUGCUGCAGCUGAGGUAUUUGUUACUGUUCCACACAGUAGUGCUCCUCUGUGGCCUUUCAAGUGCAAAUUUCAAAAACAAACAAACAAACAAACAAACAAACAAACAAACAAACAAGGACACAUGAAACCAACUCCAGUAUAGGGUCCAGUUCUUGGAUCUUGUUCUGAAGCUGAUUGUCUGCCUCUUUUACCAUUUUGACAACACCUUUGCUCAAUUUUUCUUUUCUUUUUACAUGUUAGAGGACUUGGCAUAGCAUAAUCUGCUCAAGUCAUAAUGUGAACCAUGGCCCUUAGGAGACAAGCAUUGCAUGGCCAACAUAUCAUUGUCUGUGUAACUACCCAGGUGGAUUCAUAGGGAAACUUGAGUGCCUGUUAUGAUAACUGCAAAUUCUGGGAAAUCCUUUUUCCAGUUCAUACCAGGAUUUCCGAGAGAGGGACAUUCCCUUUCUUGCUAGCCUGUACAUUUGAUCGGCUUGUUGCUGGACAGUAAAGAUGACUCCAUUUUUGCAGUGCCUUAGCAGUGCUAAAGGGCUCUGGUGUGGAAACGACCUCUGUUUCUGUCCAGAUAAUAUCAAAGUGCGUAAUCAUCAUUGCUGCAGGAAUUUGUAUUGUUCAUAAUUCUGGAAACUGCCUGUAUUUUGCACUUCUUUUUUUUAAAUUACCGUAACAGCUGCUGGCUUUUCUGGCUUUUAUAAGGCGAGUCUUUGCAUAAUAAUAGAUCAACACUGCAACAAUAAAAUAUUUUCAUAAGA